AUGAAUAUCUGUGUAGCUUCAUUUUGUAAACUCCAACAAUUGGAAAAAGCCGAAUCAGUCAUCAUCGAUGCCAUAAGGUUAGGAACACUACCCGAUGUUGUCACAUACAACACAUUAGUCUCUGCAUAUUGUCAUUUUGUUGAUCUUGAUUCCGGAUAUUUAAUCCUAAAUAGAAUGAAAGAAGCCAAAAUACACCCAAAUGUAAUAACUUACAAUUCUUUACUUUCGGGUGCUUCAAAGCAUUCAUUACAUUCAAAAUGCAUAGAAUUAUUCAACGAAAUGGGUACAAUGGGAAUUCAACCCGAUGUAUGGAGUUACAACAUUCUAAUACAAUGCUACUUUAGAUUAGGAAAACCAGAAGAAGCCAACAUGAUAUUCCAUAGUUUCAAAUCCCAAAACCUUUCCCCUUGUUCAACCACAUUCAACACCAUGUUCAACGGUUUCUUCAAAACCGGAUACACACACCACGCGUUAUCCCUAUUCCGGAGUUCACAACGGAAUGGAAUCUUCACUCCGGAGUUACUCACAUACAACAUAUUAAUCAAUGGAUUAUGUAAAUCCGGAUGGAUACGUGCAGCAAGAAUGAUUCUCAAAGAGCUUAAAGAAUCCGGAUUUAAACCCAAUGCAAUCACCUACACUACAAUCAUGAAACACUGCUUUAAAUCAAGAAAAUUCCAAGAAGGAAUUGAAGUAUUCAAUGAAAUGAAAAACAACGGGUAUACAUACGAUGCUUUCUCUUAUUCCACACUCAGUAGUGCUUUUGCUAAAAAGGGUAGAUUAGAAGAAGCAUAUAGAAUCUUUAAGUUAAUGACCGAAAAGGGUAUUGAAAAAGAUCUUGUGUCAUACAAUAUUUUGGUUAACAUGUAUUGCAUAGAGGGAAAGAUAGAUAAAGCUAAUGACUUGUUGUCUGAAAUUCAAGAAUUUGGAUUACAAUGUGACCAAUAUACCCAUACUACUUUUCUUGAUGGGCUUUGUAGAUCAGGGGAAAUUGAUCGAGCUUUGGAAUAUUUGAAAUAUAUGGAUACAUUAGGGUUUGAUUCGAAUUUGGUUGCGUAUAAUUGUAUGGUGGAUAGGUUAUGUAAAGUGGGGUGUAGUAAUGAUGCUUUGAGGAUUUUUGAAAGAAUGGAGGUUAAAGAUUGUAUAACUUAUACUUCCAUGGUGCAUAAUCUUUGUAAAGAAAGGAAAUUUUUAACUGCUUCAAAGUUGUUUGAGGUAUUUAUUCCAUUGAGUGGCUGGGCAUGCUAG